AUGCAUGUCGUGGAACCAGACCGUUUCCCCGUCUCCCCAACCGCAGUAUACAAGCCAAAUCCGCAUUCGCUGACCGAAGCUUUGGCAUUUGAGUCUGCACUAGGCAUCAAAAAUGUUGUUUUUGUGCAGCCUUCAAUUUACGGAACGGACAACUCAUGUCUAAUAGAUGCGCUGCAGAAAACAGGUCCAUCUCGCGGCCGAGGCGUUGUGGUUGUUGAUCCUACCACCGUCCAACCCGAGACGGUGGAACUGUGGCAUUCUCUGGGGGUACGUGGAUUGAGAGUCAACCUCAAGUCUGUAGGGAAAGUUAUGAAUAGGACUGAGCUGGAAAAAACUUUGGUCGAACAUGCUGAAAUUGCCCGAGCACAUAAUUGGAUUAUCGAAAUAUAUCUUCCCCUCAAGAUGCUCUCGAUGGUCGAAUCGAUUCUACCUCAUCUAGGCGUGCGCAUUUGUAUCGACCAUUUUGGCAGCCCGGAGCUUUCAUCAUGGGGUCAAGAUACUUCCUCAUUCAACCCCUACGCCCUUGAAGGAUUCUCAUCGUUGAUCUCGCUCUUACGCGGUGGGAAGACAUAUGUGAAGGUGUCCGCUCCUUAUCGGCUCAGUCAAGAUCACGACAUGCGCGAUCUCCAGAGCAUGGCACGCGAAUUUCUCUCCGCCGCACCGGACCGGGUCGUCUAUGGCACGGAUUGGCCACACACUCGUUUUUCUGGGGUUGAUAUCAACCCAUUCACCGAAUGUUGCUUGAACCUUUGUGCAGCCACACCAGGCUUAGCGGACAGGCUAUUUCGCAAGAAUACCGAGGAGAUGCUGGGGGUAACAUCUGAUUGA